AUGGGUCUUAAUUUCAGAAACAUAAGCAAUGGAGACUGCAUCACAUGCAACUCACGUGGGAUCGUCCUUCCAAGCGUCUCUUCGCUACGAUCAUCUAUAUUGGUUUCUCCUCCUCCUUCCAGCUUCAAGCGUCUGAAGUCGAGCUCGCUCUUCAGACAUUCACUACGACUAGCACCAAGAUCGCAAUUGAAAGUCACCAAGGCUAAGAACAAUGGUACUACAACCAGAGCCGGCCCUGGGCUAAAGCCCAUUCCAAUGGAUAAAUCAUGGAUAAAGAAACCACGUUUAUCUCAAGAUUACAAAGUAGGAGUAAAUAAGUUCUUGGAUUUUGCAUUUGGUAGAUCAAAUGCACAAAUGAUGAAAUGUCCAUGUAACCGUUGCUCUCUAACCAAACCUAAGUCAAGAGAAGAUAUGGAAGGUGAUUUGAUGUGCUUUGGCUUUUUAAGUUCAUACACAAGUUGGAUAUUACAUGGAGAGGAAAUACACAUUACAGAGAAUGCAAGAGUACCUUCUGAUAUUGCUCGAGUUCAGUUAGAUUCAACUUCGAAUCUCUUGGAUGAUCUUUUUCCUGGUAUUAAUAUGAAUAUGCAAGGUGAACAUGGAAAUGAAUCAUCUGGGCAGCCAAUGAACACUGAUAUACCAUCAACUGGUGGAGAAACUAGUGGAAGAGGAGAAGAUUUCGAGGAGUUAUUUGCUGAUUAUAAUCAAGAGUUAUAUCCAGGAUGCAGUAACUUCACGAAGUUAUCCUUUAUACUGAAGUUGUACCAUAUUAAAUGUAUGUGUGGGAUCAGUGACAAGGGGAUAUCUAUGGUGCUCGAUUUGAUGAAAGAAGCAUUUAUGCAUGCCAAAUUGCCAGAUUCAUUUAAUGACAUGAAGAAGGUUAUUCGCAAAUUAGGAAUGACUUACGAGUCAAUUCAUGCAUGUCCAAAUGAUUGCAUGUUAUAUUGGGAGGCAGAUGCAGAAAGAGAGAUCUGCAAAGUUUGUGAAGUCUCUCGUUGGAAAGAUAAUAAAUCAGCAGAGAGAACGGUUUCUGGCUCAGAGAAAGAAAAAACUAAAGCUCCUGCAAAAGUUUUGCGUUAUUUUCCUUUAAAGCCACGACUGCAACGUUUAUUUAUGUCAUCAAAAACUGCAACCCACAUGAGAUGGCAUGCAACUGCUAGUAACAAUGAUGGCAAGCUUCGACAUCCAAGAGAUGGAUUGGCUUGGAAAGCAUUUGAUCAACAAUAUCCUGAAUUUGCUUCAGAGUCAAGAAAUGUCAGAUUAGGCUUGGCGACUGAUGGAUUCAACCCUUUUGGUACAAUGAGCAGUAGCUAUAGCAUCUGGCCAGUGAUGUUAUUUCCUUAUAAUUUUCCCCCGUGGAUGUCGAUGAAGCAGACAUCAAUGAUCCUCUCUAUGGUUAUUCCUGGAAAACACAUGCCUGGUAAUGAUAUUGAUGUCUACUUGCAGCCACUCAUCAAAGAGUUGAAAGAGUUAUGGUCUGAUGGGAUUGAAACGCUAGAUGCUUCCACAAAACAAACAUUUGAAAUGCGAGCAGCUCUCACGUGGACAGUUAGUGAUUUUCCUGGUUUUGGAAAUUUGUCAGGUUGGAAUACAUACACAGCAUCAGCUUGUCCAAGUUGUAAUUAUGAUGGUAUUGGACAACGAUUACGUCAUGGGGAAAAAAUUGUUUCAUUGGCCAUCGUCGUUUUCUUCCUGCAGAUCAUGACUUUCGUCAAAAUAGAGCAUAGUUUGAUGGGAAAAUAG